GGUGUGAAAGAAUGAACAGAACAGAUGAAGAGAGUGUUUACUGCUGCAUACACUUUAGUAAAGUGAAUAAAUUGUACUGACUCCAUAUAUUUUGUUGAUCUUAAAAUAAUUAAGUAUUUUGGACUUAUGAUUAGUAUAAUUAUGUAUAAAAAGGUUUUAAUUAAAGUACAGCAGCUGGAUGAGAGAUGGCAAUAUUGAAUAAGAUAAAAAUAAAAUAAAGGUAUAGAAACGGUGUCAAAUAAAAUGCUUAUGUGUGACAAUGUUCAUGGGUAUUUUUCUUGAGUCUGGUUGUUUUACCUCUCAUUUGGCUAAAACACCUGCUUGAAGGGAGGAGCUGAAACAAGUUAUGGAGACAUGCAGUACAAAUAGAGUGGGUAAAUUAAUACCAGUGGUCUUUUCUGCAGACCUGAUAGUGUGCUCUACUUUGUUUAUGUCAUGUUUGGUAACAGAGCUGCACCAGGCUGUGAGGGAGGUGGUGAUGACAGACUUUGUAAAGGCUGUGUAGAACUGAAUCAGCAGGUUGAACAACUUUAGCUGCUUCAGAAAGUAUAUCCACAGUUGGGGUUUCUUUAUGAUGGCAUCAAUGUUGAUGUCCCACUUGUGGUCUCUGGUAAAUGUUGUUCCUUGGAGCUUGAAGGACUCAACAGCCAUCACAGUCUUGUGAUGGCAAGGCAGGGGGCUUCUUCUGAAGUUCAUCAUCAUCCCAACUGUUUUGAGAUCCACCAUGUUCAGCUCCAAGUUGUUGUGACUACUCAGAAGGACCAGCUGUUCAACCAUCUCACCCAGCCCAGCCAUGUUUGGCUCAGAAUCCUCGCUAAGCAUGUUCCUGAAUACUUUAACCCCAAAAUUUUAUGUGGCUUUGACUGGCACCUCUUCCUUGAUUUCAGGACUUAUAUUGAUAUUUGAAUGGUGGUACUUCAGGAAGUAUGGUACUUCCUUCAUUGAGCAAGUAUCUGUUAGUCACCUGCGUCCUCUACUGGGGGGAGUAGAUAACAGCUCUCCGAAUAACUCGAACACAAGUAAUGGAGAUGCAGACUCCAGUCGACAGAGUGUUUCAGAAUGUAAAGUAUGGAGAAAUCCACUAAAUUUAUUUCGAGGGGCAGAAUAUAACCGAUACACGUGGGUUACUGGUAGAGAGCCUCUCACAUACUAUGACAUGAAUCUUUCAGCACAGGACCAUCAGACCUUCUUUACCUGCGACUCAGACCACAUCCGCCCCGCUGAUGCUAUAAUGCAGAAGGCGUGGAGAGAGAGGAACCCACAGGCGCGAAUCUCUGCUGCACAUGAAGCACUGGAGCUUGAGGACUGUGCUACAGCAUACAUACUGUUAGCUGAAGAGGAGGCUACCACCAUUGUAGAGGCAGAAAAACUCUUCAAACAGGCGCUGAAAGUGGGGGAAGGAUGCUACCGCAGAAGCCAGCAGCUCCAACACCAUGGCUCUCAGUAUGAGGCCCAGCACAGAAGGGACACAAAUGUAUUAGUGUACAUUAAGAGGAGGCUUGCUAUGUGCUCUCGAAAGCUUGGAAGAACGAGAGAGGCAGUGAAGAUGAUGAGAGAUUUAAUGAAGGAGUUUCCUCUCCUCAGUAUGUUCAAUAUUCAUGAGAACCUGCUGGAGUCACUCUUAGAGCUGCAAAACUAUGCUGAUGUGCAAGCAGUUCUUGCUAAGUAUGAUGACAUUAGCUUACCGAAAUCUGCAACAAUAUGCUACACAGCCGCUCUUCUUAAAGCCAGAGCUGUGUCUGACAAGUUUUCUCCAGAGGCAGCAUCUCGACGAGGGUUGAGUACAGCAGAGAUGAAUGCAGUGGAAGCCAUACACAGAGCAGUGGAAUUCAACCCACAUGUACCCAAAUACCUCUUAGAGAUGAAAAGUUUGAUACUGCCACCGGAGCAUAUCCUAAAGAGAGGCGACAGUGAGGCCAUAGCAUAUGCCUUUUUCCACCUGCAGCAUUGGAAGAGAGUGGAGGGGGCGCUGAACCUGUUGCACUGCACGUGGGAAGGCACUUUUAGAAUGAUCCCUUACCCUUUGGAAAAAGGACAUCUGUUUUAUCCAUACCCAAUCUGCACAGAGACAGCAGAUAGGGAACUUCUACCAACAGUGUUUCAUGAAGUGUCUGUGUACCCGAAGAAGGAGCUGCCUUUCUUCAUUCUGUUUACAGCAGGCCUUUGUUCUUUCACCGCCAUGCUAGCUCUCCUCACACACCAAUUUCCGGAACUCAUGGGAGUCUUCGCUAAGGCAUUUCUUGGCACCCUGUUUGCACCUCUAAACUUCAUCAUGGAGAAAGUGGAAAGUAUUCUGCCGUCAGGACUUUGGCAUCAGCUGACACGCAUCUGAUAAGAUAUGAACUAAAUACCUUGGUGCCAACUCAUUUGAAGUGCUCUAGCAUCAGACAAGCAGAAAAAAUGGAGAGAUGGCUGGCUUUUCAUUCUGUUCCCAUUUUCCAUGUUUCUUUCUGAUGUUAAAAAAUCAGUUUUUUUUUCUUCACAAUGGCUGAUAUAGCCCUAUUAAAGUAAAAAGAGACAAUAAAUGCA